UUCUCUUUGGUUCUACAGAGUAAAAAGACGGCCAUUGAGACACAGAGAGAGAGAGAGAGAGAGAGAGAGAGAGAGAGAGAGAGUCCAACUAUCAUCAAUGGCGAAGAAGACGAUAACAAUCGGAGGAAAAGGUUCAUCUCUUACAUCAUCAUCUGUUUACUCAAUUGCUAACGGACUGAGUCAGGUAAAUAUCGAUUCAUCAAUACUUGAAAAAUUAUCUUCAUCGAAAUCAUCUCUUUCAAAGAAAACACUCACUGUCUCAAACCCUAGAUUCCUAACAAAUAUUGAAGCACGUGCAUCUCUUGUUGUUCUUCUAAACAAACUCAUCAUCACUCAACACGGAAUUCGUUCUGCUCUUCCCAUUCUCAUUACUGAUGCCCUAAACGGAGGUCCAUUUGCACUAGAAUCUCUCGAUUUUGGUUCUGUGUUAGGGUUUUUAGAUACCUUGUGUAAGGUAAAUGGUAAAAGAUUUGAUGAUGUAGGAGUAACUGAUGGGGAAAUAAUUGUUUUAGAAGAAUCUUGUUAUGCAUUAGAUGGAAUUUGUGCGCUUUUGGAUUGUUGUUCGUCUUCUUUGAGUACUGUUGCGGAUGCUGUCGCGUCGUUAUCUUGCGAGGCGUCCAGUGCUGAUGUAUCUGCCUUGGUUAAUUCAUUGGAUUCUGGUGAUGGGUUUUCGGUUAAAGAUGAGGUUGCUGUUGCUAGUGAUUUUAAGGUUUUACUUACUGGAUCGAAAUUGGUUGGCAAAAAUGGUUCCAAGGCGGUCUCUGAGAUACCAGAGGUGCAUGGGAGUUUUAGGGAGAGUGUUAAGCAGGUACACUCAACAACGCGUGUGAAAUUGAAUUCUAGUGUGAGAAUUGGUAAGGAUGGUUCAUUGAGUAAUGUGAGAGGUGGGAAACAAUUGGUGAAGACGGUCUCGUCUUUGGCGGCGUCGCUGGUACAUCUAGGUGAGAGCAGUUUGUGUCGAGCGCAACUAGUGGCGAGAUGUCAAGAAGUUGAUAUACAUUCCGAGGUGUUGGAGAUGUCUGGUACCUUGAAAAAUGGGAUUAAUUUGUCAUCUGAAGUGAAUUAUAUUAGUUUGUUUCAUGAGAUAAAUAGAUUAGUGGCUACUGUUAGAAAAAUUCUUGCUUGGGAAGGAGCCUUGGCAAUCCUUUCGCUUGACAGUAUGGAGUCAAAAGAGAACGCUCAAGAGGUUCAGGUUGUGUCUUCAAAUGUUGAAACCAAAAAAGGGAACACAAAUGCAGAUAAAAAGAGCCAAAAGAAAAAGAAGGUUGUUUUGGGUAAGGGAACUGCCGUUAUCAAGCAGCUCCUUAAAGGUAGGUUGAAUGGUGAAGGUGGGGAUACAAUCGAGAAUUUGGCAGUGUUGAACGAGUGGGUAAGAGAUCUUUGUUUGUUUUUUGAGCCGAAGGAUCAAGAACUUGAUACAUUUUUGAAGAAAGUGAAAGAAAUGGUAGAAAGCAAUGAGUCUAGAAGACUUCCCAAGCUUCCCAAGGGAACUCGAGAUUUUGCAAAAGAGCAAAUGGCCAUUAGAGGGAAAGCAUUCAAAAUCAUUGAAGAGGUGUUUAAAAGGCAUGGAGCGAUGGCCCUUGACACUCCAGCUUUUGAAUUGAGAGAAACUCUCAUGGGAAAAUAUGGCGAGGACUCAAAGCUGGUUUAUGACCUUGCUGACCAGGGUGGUGAGCUAUGUUCCCUGAGAUAUGACCUGACCGUUCCAUUUGCUAGAUAUGUAGCUAUGAAUGGUAUCACUUCAUUCAAAAGGUAUCAAAUUGCUAAGGUAUAUCGAAGGGACAACCCAUCCAAGGGCCGAUAUCGUGAAUUUUACCAAUGCGACUUUGAUAUUGCUGGUCAAUAUGAAACAAUGGGACCUGAUUUUGAGGUUGUUAAAGUUUUGACCGAACUGCUGGAUGAGUUAAACAUCGGCGAUUAUGAGAUAAAACUGAAUCACCGAAAGUUGCUGGAUGGAAUGUUGGAAAUUUGUGGGGUUCCACCAGAAAAGUUCAGAACAAUAUGCUCUAGCAUUGAUAAGCUAGACAAGCAAUCGUUUGAGACGAUCAAAAAGGAAAUGGUGGAAGAGAAGGGCUUAACUGCUGAGGUUGCAGAUAAAAUUGGUACUCUCGUAAAGAAACGUGGACCUCCUUUGGAGUUGCUGUCCGAGUUGAAAAAGGACAGCCAGUUCCUAGAAAACAAUGGAUCUAGUCUUGCACUAAAGGAUUUAGAGAUUCUUUUCGAAGCAUUGGAAAAGUCAAAAUGCAUACACAGAGUGGUUUUUGACUCGAGUCUUGCAAGAGGUCUUGACUAUUAUACUGGGGUUAUAUUUGAAGCUGUUUUUAAAGGCACUACACAGGCGUUUCCUCAGGUUGGUUCAAUCGCAGCUGGAGGGCGUUAUGACAAUCUUAUAGGCAUGUUUGGUACUAAGCAAGUCCCAGCAGUUGGUGCCAGCCUGGGAAUUGAGAGAGUAUUUAACAUUAUGGAGCAGCAGCUUGAGAAUGAUGCUAACCAGUCGAUUCGCGCCACAGAAACAGAAGUUUUGGUUAGUAUUUUUGGAGAGGAUUUAGGGCAAGCUGCUGAGCUAGCGAGUGAACUGUGGGGUGCAAAAAUAAAAACAGAAUACUUGGUUAAUAAAAGAGUAGCAAAACAUAUGGAUCGAGCCAAAGAGUCUAGGAUCCCGUUGAUGGUGAUUGUUGGUGACCAAGAAAGAAGGGCCAACCAAGUUAGAAUUAAAGACAUGCAAGCCAACACAGAGGAGUUGGUUGACAGGGAUAGUGUUGUCGAGGAAGUGCGGAGACGGUUGAACCUCAUGUCCUUGUAAUGAUCUUCCUUACCAUCCAGAAUUAUUUUCAGAUGGAGCUAGCAACUCUCUUGUUACCAUUUUUUUUUUUCUUUUUUUUUUUUUUUGCAGUUUUGAGGCAGGGUUGACCCUUUACACAAUUGGGUCCUUAAAUUUGAAGGACCCCUUUUAAAUGUUUUGGAUGAUUGUGGUUUAUAUUUGAUUUUUGUAUCAGAAAAACUAAUUGUAGCUUAUAUAUUCUCCUAUUGUGCCCACUUUAGACA